AGAGAGAGAGAGAGAGAGGUGGCAUGCAGCCAGCGGAGAGGACAGGGAAAAGUUGUGAGAUAGCCAGAGGGACGGGAAGGGAGAAGAGUCAGCUUCAUCGGGGCUCUGCUGAUGCUGAAGAGGAAUGAGAGCAGCGGCUGUUCCUCCUGUCCGCCUGUCUCUCUACAUCUCUGUCUGUCUUUCUGUUUGUCUCCCCCUCUCCUCUCUAAUUGUCUCUCAUCCUGGCUGGCGCUGCAAUGUGGCUGUCUCUGCAGUGAAAGUGCUAGCUGGCGGAUUCUCCUUGAGUGAACCCUGACUGUGCGCAGUGAGCGUUUGCCGCUCCACUACUGUCCUGUCCACACUGACUCAGCUGUGCUACCGGCCUCUGAGUGAACACCAGCUGCAGGGAGCAGUCUCUUCCACAGUAGUGCUGUGGGGGCUGGCAGGCAGGCUCACCACCGGGACUUCUGUCGGUGCAACAUUGGGACGUGCCUCGCAUUGGGGUCCAGAGACACCCAGACAGGCUACCAGAUUUAAUCCGAUAUACCAGAGAGGCUGAGUUGUGCUAAAGGAUAUUCUACUAUCUUACUGGAUCCUGCAGCAGUAUUUGUUUUGGAGCACAUCUGGCUGCCAUGGAGGUCCAGUGGGUUGGGGUUGAACCCCCGAGGCUGGGCCCUCCACACACAGCCGUUCGCCUGAUACUCUCUAUGCUGCUUGGCAUCUGGUCUGCUCAAGCCCUUGAGAUGUCUGUUGGGAAGAUUCCCUUCCUGGAGGCAGUGAAUGGCAGCACAGUCAUGUUGCCUUGUACAUACUCCAGUUGUAUCGGCAUCAAAAACCUCUACUUCAACUGGCAAUUCAAUGACAAUGGCACCAUGCAGAAGGUGUGUGAGUCAGUGAUAGCGACAGAGGGGAUAGAGCCAAAGGUGAGUAUAUAUCGAGACCGGGUGGAGUUUGUGGGGAAAAACCAUCACAACAACAUCUCCAUCGUGCUGUGGAACAUCACCUUCGAGGACGGAGGCCAGUACACUUGUUUUGGACGCAACCCCAAGGAGAAGGGCAAGAACCACAGUGCCAUCUUCAACCUCAUUGUGGUGGACGAGUUGAGGGUGGUGGACAACACACUGGCUACCAUCAUAGCCUCAGCUGUGGGUGGAGCCAUUGCAGCAAUAAUGGGCUUCAUGUUGCUCAAGAACUUCACUCUCUUUGUUCUUUCCAAGCUUGAGGAGAAAAAUAAGGAGUGCCUUGUAACUUCAUCAGGGAUCGACAACACAGAAAAUGGCCUCUCAGGAUCCAAAGCUGAUUCAAAACCAACACCAAAAAAGAAAUGAGAAAGUGCAUGUAUAUAUAACCAUAUGAGUACUAUUAUAUUUAUGUACUUUCUUUGCAUAUAUUUGUAUAUGCACAGGUGUUUGCACACAUGCAAAUUCAUUAUGUUGGGAUCCUAAAAACUCGGCCUGGCUGUGGCCUUCAAAGGGGAAUGUACACAUGAGCACACAAUGCUUCCACAGGUACAUGGACUAAUAAUUGUGCAGAUGAUAUACAACCAAGGAAUGUGCUAAUCACGAGCUCACACGUUAUAUAUUUGAAAUGUGCACACAGUUUAAUAAUUUACAUCUAAGGAUAAUUGCACCUACCAGAGACACUUUAUACAGUUAUUUUAUAUAUAUAUAUAUAUAUCCUUUCUCCCAUAUAUCUACCUCCUUUGUCAACAUUGGUCAACACAUUACCAUCUUUGUUUUUGGCUGAAGGGAGCUGACUGUCUGAUAGCGGGUAAAUAUUUGACAAGGAAAGCUACCGUCCAUACAAUUGGAAAAAAAAAUGUUCCCAAGUUGUCUCUGGUUAGACUGUGAGACUGACAGUUCAUUACAGACAGUGGAAGAAAACACAAGGCUCUGGCAACACUCACUAAAAAAGAAAUAAUACUGGAAACUAUGAGGUUUAAUUCAACUGGUCGAUUCCUUGCUGUAUCAUAUACACAUAUGCAUUUUGUGUGAGAUUUGUUACUUUGUUAUUUUGAGUACACCAUGGAGCACCCAGAAAAGGCACAGUAAUAAAUCUGAGGAAAGACCCAAUUUAAAAUGCUGUUCGGACACACAGGGGGCUGCUCAUCUUGCUGGCACAAGUCGUGUGUUUAUACGCAGAGAGUAUAAACUAGUUUCACUAAGCUCAACCAGUGUCUCUGGUUGCUGUUUUUUAACUCGUUAGAUUAAAGCCAAAUUGUGUGCGCAUUAUAUUACAUUAUGGGGAUGUUUGUGUGAAUUUGUAUGAGCACAUUAUUUAACUGUGUGUGUGUGUGUGGGUUACUCACAAAUAUUUAUAAAACUGUUGUAUGUCAUCUUGCACAGUCGGGCACUUUGAAGUGCUUUGUUGCCAUGAUAUAUCAAUAAUUGUCUGUGGCCACAGCCAGAGCACAUAAAAAAAAGAAACUUUGACUGUUUUUCAUCUGAAGUCAGAACAAAAAUACUUUUUUAUUUAAGUGCUUGAGACAGGGAAUAACGCAAUGUAGUUACAGCUGGGCUGAAUCCAUCUUUAGCUAACACCAAAUUCACAGUAGCUCUUUGAGAAUAUGAUCAAAUACAUCCAAAUCAAUUGAUUUUGAAAUUGCAGUGUUGGCCUAUAAUUUCUCACAAAUCUACUGAUAACUUUAUAGCUACUUUCCACUAGAGUAUGUUGUCUGAUUUAUUCAAACAUUCAAGCUUUAAGUAGUACUAACACAAAUGGUAUUGCCAGAAUAUUAUAGGAUUCAGCCCAGCUCUUCAUCCUGUACCUUCUCUUUGCUUGAUAUAAAACACAGGUGCCUGUUAGUGCUUCUAUGCUCCUUUGCCAGCGAGGACAACUACAUAUUGCAAAACAGUUUAUAAAACCAAGCAAACAGUAAUAGUACAACAAGCGCCUGAGCUGAAAUGAUAGACAAUCCCCUGAAACAACCCCCGCCCCCCCUUAGAAAAUGAAUGACCCUCUGGUGAUGCUGCUUUUAAGACAAAUUACCAAUGCAUUUUAAGCAUGUGCAACAUGGGCCAGAUUUUAAACACAAUGCUAGAUAACAGAAAUACAUACUUUUUGGAAAAACUUGUUCCAAUAUACUAACACUGGUAGCAUCAGCACUGAGGUUAAUUGUAAAUCCCAUUUUAUGCCAUGCUUAUUUCAUUGUGCUAACCCUGGCUAAAGCUAAGCACUAUUUGGUGACGUGGCCCUGGAUACUGUAUGCCUGGAUCAGACUCAACAUAUCUCUUUUGCUUAGUAUGUGCCUCUUCAUGGAAAUGGCUUGUUUUUUCCUAAACACUGACAAACAUUCAUUCAGUCAGUGUUUUACUAUUUGCAAUAAAUAACCUUUACCUGCUGCACUGCAGAGAAAAAGAUAAUACUGGUUGCCCUGCCCAUGCAUACAGUAAAUGACCCAUAGAUUCAUAGUUUAAAUGAUCAUGGGAUCAGGCCUCAGAGAGCAGGCUGAGUAGGGGGGCUGUAGUUCAAGUACAGAAAAAAAAAGAGACAAGUGAUGCUCUCAGUGUAGCCCUCUGACUGUGCCAAACAGGGAUGAUUCCUUCUGAGCAUCACACUAGGAGAUGAAUGUAUCUGCAUCAAAGUCUUAACAGUGAAAUACAAUUUCACCUGCAUUUACAAUACACAUCUGUCUCACAUUCACCGAAUGUCUGACUUUAAAAAGAAAUACCUCUGAAGAGUGGGACAGAUGUGUGGGUAAACACUGGGUCAGGUCAGAUGGAAACGUACUUCCCCAGUGGCAACUUGUGUCGAAUGAGCGUACUGUACAGUCAAGUGUGAAUAUCUGGGGGUUUCAAUGUUAAGUUAAUAAUAAUGUGCCUCCACAUUAAAGUGACUCUAGGCUUAAGUCACUGGCUUGAAGCAAUAUUGUAAAAGGGGUGUGUUGGGCACUUUAAAAAGAUUUCUAUUUUUGUGUAUGUAUAAUCCAAACCAGUGUCGGUAUGUCACAUUGAUCAUCCAAGUGAGACAAGAGACAACCAAAGGAAAAAAGGAAAUUGUCAGGUUCUAGGAUUCGUCAAGAUCCCAUGAUUCUCAGUUUCCUGUUGAAACAACAUUAGACUGUCAGUCUUAAAGGAGUAGAUUGACAUUUCAGGAAAUACGCUCAUUUGCUUUCUUGCCGAGAGUUAGAUGAGAAGAUCAAUACCACUAUCGUGUCUGUCUGGUGAAUGUGUAGCUACAGCCACCGGUUAGCUUAACUUAGCAUAAAGAGUGGAAACGGGGGGAAAACGCUAGCCUGGCUCUGUCCGAAUGAAACAAAAUGCACCUACCAUCACCUCUAAAGCUCACUAAUUUACUCAUAGAGAGAGUUUCAUCCAUACAAUAACUGAAGUGUAAAAACAUCAAGUUGUGGUUUUAUCUGGGUGCAGUGACUUUCUGGAGGCUUAGCUGGUUGCCUGGCAACUGUACAGUGAUGACAACACUCCAGGAAUUAUACAAACAAGACAUUUUAAUUAAUGAGCCUUAGACGUGUUGGUAGGCAGUUUUUUUUUCCUGUUUGUGCAAGGUUGUCUCGCUUUGCUACCAGUAUUUUUGCUAAGCUAAGCUAACCGUCUCUUGGCUCCAGCUCCAUAUUUAGCAGAGAGAAAUGAGAGGUUUCAAUCUUCUCAUGUAAUUCUUGGCAGGAAAGCCAAUAUACAUAAUUCCCAAACUGCUGACCUAUUGCUUUAAGUAUAAACCAAUAGGCUAUUAGUCAUGAAAAGAUUUGAUAGAACUUGUCAUCAUCCCAUGUCUUGGGAUGUUUGUGAAAAAUAAUGCAGGUACACAAGGUGCAACAUAUGUUAUGGGUAAUAUACAUUUGUCAUAUGUGUGUUUACCAUAUUCUUGUUUGCCUUAAAAGAGAAAAUCCGCCCUCGAGCAGGACUAUGACUUGUGUUGUCAAGAAAUCUCUUUGGAAACAUGAAAGAUUAAUAAGAUCAAAUAUUUUAUUGCAAUAAUUGAAUUUAACUUCUGAAGAGUGGGUUUUCUCUGAGUGCACAAGACAAAUCUGUCAGUUGUUGUCUAAUCAGACUUGGUUAAAAAAAACAUGAUUUGUCUGAAUUACCGUCUCACUGAACCAAUGAAUUAAGAAAAAUGUGGGAAUUGUGACAGCGAGGGCCUUAUGAUGACAAGCAACUCUAUGCAAAUCCCGACAGAAGUGACAGUUUGUCACACUGCACCUUCGAGUUACUGUGACAGUUCUGAGAGCAAUACGACAGUAGGAGAUGUCCUGGAUCAGGGAGUUGUGAUGAUGGGAUGCAGGGGUGAAUGGGGAACAUCCAGAGAGGAGCAUGGAGUGGACUGUAGCCCCUGUACUCGAUCAGACUCUGCAGGGCAUAUAGAUUCACCAAGUCAUGCUCCACCGCCGCUCUCUGCACACAAAUAUACAGCUGUAAUGCUCUGGCUUGCCCUCAGAUGAUGUCUCCAUUUUCAACCUCUCAUCCGUGCAUAUCAGCUCUCGAUCUCUUUAUUAUAGAAACAUGAAAUCUAAUAAAGUUUUGAAUAAAA